AUGGCUGAGAAAGGGGUGAGAUAUACUUACAGGUAUAGCACGACAAUUACCAGCACCCUUCAUGGCUCCACUGGUGGCAGGAAUGGUCUGGCUUUGGACUGUCUGGUUGAUAUUGACGUGGUCUCCAAGUGUCACCUAAUGAUGCAGAUGAGGAAUCCACAGAUAAAACGGCUUUCCCCUCAAAAGGAGCACUCUGUGCAGCAUUUAAAAAGUCUGAGGGAGUCACUGGAGAGAACACGCCUCAAGUUCUCCCUCCAGAGGGGGAAGGUCACGGCCCUCUGUCUGCAGGAGGGGGAGCAGGUGUGGGCUCUGAACAUUAAAAGGGCUCUACUGAGCAUGCUCCAGACGUCCCCCAUGGCUUCCAAACUGACAUUAGAAAAUGAGACGGAUGUGUACGGCACCUGCAUCAGCAGGUACGAGAGGCGAGGACUCAUACUGCUGAAGACCAGGGAUCUAAAACAGUGCCAUCAGUCCAGGCUGGCAAACUUCUGGCCUCAUUCAGUUGCUCUGAGUGAAGACACAUCAGUGCAUUUGGAGCUACAGUGUGCUCAGCGCCAUGGCUCCGUAAUGGAAGAGGUUAACUGUACUGAGGCUGUAUCCAUGAUGACAUGGUCCAGGACUACAGGGCUCGUGAAAACCCAAACAGUGUCUAAGCUACUCUUGCUCAGAGCCCAGCCAGGAACUCCUCUAGGAGCAGAUUCCUUAGGCACUCGUGUGCCAGCUGACCUUCACUUUGAGGAUGAAGGAGCUGCAAGGCUGGGAAAAACUAGACCAGCAACACCACAGGAAGUCGGUCAGACUGUCAGGAUGUUAUGCAGCCUCACCUCAGACCCACAACUGGUAUCGCAAGAGUUUAUUCAACUGGUGUUCCAGCUGAAAGAUCUGACUAUCUCUCAGCUCAAGACACUUUGGCAAGAAGCUUCUUUCAAGUGCCGCAAUGACUGGCAGCCGCUAUUGGAUGCAUUGCCGGCAUGUGGAUCUGAAAACUGCAUCAUAUUACUGACUGACCUGAUGAGGAACAAAGAGGUGGAGGAAGAGCAGGCUCUCUCUCUCCUUACCACCAUAUCCCUCAUCCCUCACCCAUCGGCAAAGAUAAUCUCCUCCAUCAAUGCUUUAACAGAGCUCCCAGAGCUGCGGUCCAAGGCUCUGUUGGCUGGAUCAUCUCUAGUCUAUCAGUUGUGCCGGAGGUCUCUAAACUCCUGCACUGAGCUUUCUCAGGUACAGACCUUCAUGCAGAUCCUUGAGAAAACCCUUCAGGAGGGCUGUGAAGGAGAAGAACCCACUCAAGUUCAAGAGGUUCUUUAUGCUUUAAAAUCAGUGGGAAACACUGGUGUGUCUGCUUCUGCCUUCAUUCCUCUGCUAAGCCGUUGCGUGCUGAGCUCCUCAGCAGCCCUGCAGCUUAGGCUUGCUGCAAUCCAUGCCUUCAGACGCUUUCCCUGCUCAGCUGAUAGGUCUGUGCUGUUGCAGCUGUACAGCUCUUCCCAGGAGGAUACUGAGGUCAGAAUCGCCGCAUACCAGCAGCUCAUGCGUUGCCCUGACCUGGAUGUGUUUGAAGUGGUGAAGACGACCCUGAGGAGUGAGACUUCCAGUCAAGUGGGCUCAUUCGUGUGGAGUCACCUGACUAAUGUCCUGAGGAGCGAGGACCCCGGAAAGCAAGCCCUCAUUGAGUCGCUGCCCGAUGACAUUAUCAGCAGAGAUUUUGAAGCCGAGUUUUUAAAAUAUUCCUCCUAUUCAGACUAUACUGCCUCAUCAGCCGUCGGAAUCAAGAAUGUGGAAACAUCUUUAAUUUUCUCCCCAAAAUCCUUUCUACCGAGAUCUGCUUCUGCCAACUUAACCGUGUAUUUUCAUGGCAGAGCCCACAACCUUCUGGAGGUGGACCUUCGUGUUGAAAAUGCUGAACCAUUUUUGAAGAGCAUCUUUGGCCAGCAGCAGACAGAGAGAGAAAACACAACUCAAAGUGGAAAGCACGAGGCCAGGAGGACAAAGAGAAAGAUGGACGAUGGGCGUAGAGGAGAAAAAGAGACGUGUUUAUCGAGCACUGACAGCUACCUGAACCAGGCCCGAGCAAUGCUGUUUGGAAGAAAGAAAAUGGAUGAGAACAUGCCCAACUGCUGGGUCGGUGUGAAGGUGUUUGGGAAUGAGCUCAGCAUGUUCACAUGUGAAGAUCUCUACAAUCAAAUCAACCAGGUGUCGCUGAGCAUGGCUGGACUGGCUGUCAGACUGCUCAAGGGUCAUGAGGUGCAGCUGAACCACAGAUCCACUUUGAUGGCGGAGGAGCUGGCUUUGCCGUCUCUGUCUGGUUUACCCGUCAAACUGGGCAUCAACAUGACCUCCCUUCUUUCACUGCAUCUGAAAGGCAGAGUCAACUACAGGGAUUAUUCCCAUUUCUCCCUGAAUGGAUACAUCAAACCCAAUGCCUAUGUGAGUCUCUCGGCCAGGAUGGGGGUUGACGGGGCUCUGGGUCAGGCUGCGGUGGAGUGGGUGGCUGAGCUGAGGAGCUCCACGAAUCUGGACGGCAGCAUCCAGCUGCAGGAGGGGCAAGAUUUCAGGGUCACGCUUAACACACCUGAGGACUUAAUGGACAUCUUCUCUCUCAGCUCGAGAGUGUUUCAGCUCAGUGGAGACCACAGAGAGGAGAUAAAGGGGCCAAAGAGUCGAGUACAGAAGACCACCUGCACACCAAAAACCUGGUCCAAGAUGGUGGGUUGGCAGCUGUGCUCCAACACCUCUUACCCAUCACUUGCCACAGGUGUUGCUUUCCUGCCCUCUGGACCAGUGCACCUCUCCCUCAGGCUGCUGAAGCUGGACAGAGGCCUCCAUUACUAUCUGCUUGAGGCUGCUUACUCAGUACAUCAUCAGAGAGGGACCUGGCUUCCCAGGGAGGCCUCCAUCCACCUCCUGCUAGCCACUCCUCAGUCCUCCAUCCCGAGAGACAUGUCUCUGGAUCUGGCCUUCAGCCCUCGCAGACUGCUGCUGAAGAUCAUUCAUCCUCUUAAAAGCAUCCAUUUACAUGGUCAACUUGAGCAAGAGAGGAACACCAAGUCAGGAAAGCUGGAGCUCAUGAUUGAUGGUGUUCAUUAUUACAUCAUGGGUUUGAUGGACACCCAGACCUUCCUGUCGGAGCAGAGGACUCGCUACCACCUUGAAGCCAAGAUGGCCCCUGAUCGACAUCCCAUGAUCCUAUCUGCUAAUAUAACUCGUGGACUGGGGGGGAAAACCAGCUUUUCUGCCACUGUGAAGAACGUGUUCAGAGAGCCUGCAUCGCUGUUGGUGGCCCUGGAACGCAGGCGGGAUGGCAGCAGCAAGCAGUACUCUGUCGAGGCAGAGCUCCUCCUACCUGGUGUAGUCGGCAGCAAGACGCUCGGGGUGAUGGAGCAGAGGGGCUCACUGUGGAGCUCUGUGCUCAGGCUCAAGUAUGGUUUGGGAGCUGACGCUCGCCACCUCCAUCAGGAGUGCUACACAUCUCAGAGAGUGAGGAGCGAGAGGGACGCAAACCUCACAUACAUCAUGAGAGCCGAUCAUGAAUUCUACUGCACCAGCACCGCUCCUAUUAACCAUAAGAUCCACCUCAGGCACGAGGAAAGCUUGAGCCACGUUAAAUCGUCUUUGGACAUUAGCUACGGCAAACACUGGGAUGAGAUAAACAACAAACACACGCUUCUCCUGAGCCAGUCUUUCAAAAACCAGUCCACAGAGAAUCACACCCACUACACUCUGGAGUUCAAUCUCCAGGCACCGGAGAAAAACAUAAACUACAGGACUCAGCUACUACACUCUCACCUGACACAGCGAGGAUCUGAGAGAAGCACUCACUUAAAAAUCAAUUACAACAAUCUGAUGCCGCUGGUGGCUGGAUUACACUGGAAAAGCCCUCCUAAAGAUGCCCUGCACAAGAUAUGGGAGGGAUCGUUUAAUAUGGACACACCAUGGCUGUACAUUUACACUGCACAUAAGUUAAACCAGCUGCAGAGCCAUACGCUGCAGCUGACCUCUGAGCUGACAGCCAGCAAGUGGCUGACCAUCCGUAAUCUGGUCCUGGAGGGUUUUUACAGGGACAAGGGGAGAGAGAAGGAGGCCCGAUUGGAGCUCUACACACCAGCAAUUACCUACCUCCAAGCGGGGGGCUGGGGUUUGCUGGGGAAGCGGAGUGUGAAGGCCUCAUGCUCCUUGAGCUCGCUGUGGACUCCUCCCCUCCAAGGAGACAUUUCUCUGGAGGCUUCUAAGUUCAGCCACACCCUGCAAAUGGCCUCCACCUAUGGCAAGCAAAAUGUAACCCUCGCUGCUGCCCUGACCGCUGCUGAUAAGAAUUUGAAAAAGAGGCAAGGGAUUCUGAAGAUGACCUACACAAAGCCAAAGAGUCCACCCACUGAACUGGAGCUCGAGGGAGUAGUAGAGGAGCUGAGGAAGGACAAGAGGAUGUAUAAGAAAACUGCCAUGCUCCAACUCAGACAGCCCUUCCAGACCUUUCCUCCAACUCUCCUCCUCCGGGAGACUUUCACCGUCGACCUCCUCAAUGGCCUCUAUGUCCUGGAGUCCAAGGCUGGUUUCAGUGACAACAGAGAGGUCGUCCACACCCUGACCCUGGGCUACCGACCGCCGAGCCCUUUUGUUUGUUCUGCACUGAUCCACCCUUUCAGCGCUGAUGCUAUUCCAUCAGACUCGGAAAUCUGUGUGACCGUAACCAGCAACCAGCUGCAGCUCCCCUCCUCUGCUUUAAUAGAGGGAGAUGUACUUUGGACCCCAAAAAACAACAAUAACUUUGAUUACCAGGCCAAAGGGAAACUAAGAAUAGAGCGGCAAGAGUGCCAGCUUUCUGUGCAGCUGAAUGGAACAUCAGGCAGAGUUGGUCUGUAUUCAUCUCUUCGUCACCCCUUCAAAUCAAAGAUUCCCAAAACAUUAGAGGCGUCUGCAGACAUGUCGAUGGUGACUGGCAAAGGGAGCAGCUCGGUGCGUGUGAGGGCUGAUGGGAAGGACAAGCUGAAGCUGAAUGCGGACAUGUCCCACUCCAUGCAGAAGGGAGACAGAGGUGUAGGGCUGAGGCUGAACUUAUCCCAGAGCCUGCUACCUACAGCCACGGAUCUACAUGUAAACAUAGCAGGGAACGUGUCCUCAGACAGUGUCUUUCUACGUGGCUCCUUCACGCAAGGAAUGCAGGUUCUGCUGGCCCAGCUCAAGGGGUCUUUGAAACACUCACAGGGGAUCCAGAUGGCUGUGACAGGGGACUUGAGGCAUACCGUGACCAGCCUAGAUUUCCUGCCUUCAGUCCUCGGGUUGGAUGGGGCACUGGGGCAGUCUGACAGUUUAAUCGAAGGACAGCUGAGAGUUAGAUUGAUGGAGACAGUGUACAGCGUGGAGCUGCGACACCAACGAGAUCCCGGAGAAGCUUUGGAAGGAGAUGAUGAAGAAGGGAUGAUGGGAAAGAGGUCCCACAGGGCCCACGACUGGCUGUGUGUUUGGUCCGGGGAGGAGCAUUUGUGUGUGAAUGUGAGCCGCCAGCGGGGUAGUCGAGGGACAGGAGAGAUCUACACACGACUUUCUCACUCUUUCCACGUGCUCAGAGCCACAGGUGUACCUCCCAACAGUAGUGUUGAGGUUAAAUGGGCUCAGAAAGGUGAUGGAUUGUCAGUCCUGGGAGAGCUGCAGGUUGGACUUGAACAUCUUAGAGCUGAGUUUCAUGGAGGCAGGACAGACCACGCCAACCCCCAGUGGGUAUUCUCCUCUAGGCUGCAGCACCAAGUGGAAGCCCUGCUUAAAAGAGGCCUGACACCCUCCUUUGAGGCUAAAGCGCAUUACCAGUUAGAAACAGAAGGACUGGACAUGGGCUUGGUCCUUUACAUGCAAGAUGUGAGAGCUGCUGACAUCCUUUUAAAAGUUGGAUCAAGAAAUACAACAACUACUUUGGUAGUGUCUCUAUGGCAACAGAUGAAGCUGCUCCAAGGACUCGUACCCACUUACUUACAGAUGAACUGCACAGGGGACGUCACCACAGACCGGCUCUCCGCUCACUGCUAUGGAAAUGUGGCAGACAGCCCCGUGGAGGCUCUCCUGCCUCCACAGACGUCAUUCAACGUCUCCAUCACUCGGUCUGGCUGUUCCACAGAUCUCAGCACUGUCCUGCAGGCUGAAGGAGCACAGAAAGGCAGUCUAAACCUGUCUCUAACUUGUGAUCCUCAGCUUAGUCUCCGGGCAUCUGUACAGCACUCUAUUGAGCCAAUAAAGAAGCUGCAGUUUCCUACCCACGGAGAGCUAUUCCUAAACGUCUCAACUGCCCUUCUGCCUGGUGUGGAGGUCGGCCUGGAGGUCGGACGUUGUUUUUUUAGGGGUAACGUAGGGAAAGUCAAGGCUUCACAGACAGAGACUGAGCAGACUUCUUACACUGUUAAUGUGAGCAGCUUCUGUCCUCCUCUGCAGGAAAUGAAACUGCCUGCGUCCCUGGCUCUGCAGGGCCUACUCAAGGUUAUUCCUUGCCAGCUGACUCUGUCCGCCUCUGUGAGGGCAGAUGAUCAGAACCUCUCUCUAGACAUGAGCCAGUCCUGCAGGAGUCCAAACCUCUCUGGGGCCCUGACUCACUCCUUCCUCUGGCUGAGUGGUCAGGGUGUACCACAGAUCAUUUCUAUAGAUGCUAGUGCUCCUGAAGGCCCUGAACAGCCUGGAAAUCUAUUCAUCAAAGUUGGGACGUGUCACUUUAGAGCCACUCGAGUUAUGGAAACCAAAGGACGAAAAGAGUGGCUGCUGGCUCUGGAGUCUAUGUGCCCUCUGUUACAGGCUAAUAUAAAUGGCUCAGUGCAGCAGGAUACUCGGGGUAUCUGGACAGUCAUGCUGGGCACUGAUAUGGAGGGCAGAAGGGCUUUUCUGAGGCUUAAUGUAAGGGCCUGGCCAGAGCUCAGUGUGGAUGGUGAACUCAGCCAUGACCUUCCUGCCCUCAGAGAUCUGCCUAAAAACAGCAGACUGAGGCUAAGCAGCAGGUCAGGAAAACUACGAUUUGACGCCGAAGCCCUCGUUCAGAUGGAGGAGUGUGCCGUCACAGCCAGUGGAGCUGUGAUGUCCCAGCUGGGCCUGCAGGGGUCGCUGAUGUAUCACAACAACUGUACAAUGAUUCAGGAGUUGGGCAGUCCAGACAGGAUGCAGGCCUCUGGGUCCCUGGUUGUGUCCUCAACCUUUGCUGAAUCCCAGGUCUCAAUGGCGAUCGACAACGCCAGGUUGCAAACUUUAGUGUUGAUCAAUAAAACCAAGGACGAAAAUGAAGCGACUCUUAAUCUAAACCACUCUGUGCCCCUGUUGAAGAAGCUGGGUCUCCCGCUAAACGCUGCAGUGACAAUGAAUUCUGGGAGUCAUAGGAAUGGUUCACACUUUUACAGAUUCAACAGCAGUGCAGGAAAUCAAAUGGUAAGUCAUGCUGUGUCUGUGGCAAAGACGUCCGACACAGUGAGAGUAAACAGUCAUUUUAGACACACAGUGAAUUGUCUGAAGAAGCUGGGAGUCCCUGCCAACAACAGCAUCCAGGUGGAGUUUGGUUCUGCUGAGGGGAAAGGCUUGAGCUUACAGUCCCAGUUUGGUGGUCAGCUGGCGGGACUGAGGCUUAAGAUGAAAAAUGUUCCCAUGACCAAAGAAAUAAGAGGAACCAUGUGGCACAGCUGGUCAUGGCUACACGACAGAGGCCUGCCAUCUAAUAUAGAGGGUCUUUGCUCCAUCCAAGGAACCUUUUCUCAGCAUCAGUCCAGGGCUCAGCUCACUGUGGAGGGACACAAGCUGCUCACAUCUGGCUUGAAUUUCAGUGGCACCAAUGGACAUUUGUCUGUUCUCCUCUCCUACUCUCCUCCAGCUUUCAAUCAAACAAGAACUCAAUGCAAUCUGGACGCCGUCCUCACUGCUCAGUUCAAAGGCCCUCUGAGGAGCUCCUUAUUAGACAUUCGAAGCCAGGAUUGGAGGGUCAGAGCGGUUGGGGAUGUUGGUGGUUGGGGCUCACAUGGAGGGACUAAGGAGGCCAGAAUCACACUGAAACAGACAGUACAGGGACAAGCCACUCCUGCUUUUCAGGUGGAGGCCUGGGGAAGACUUACUGAGUCACAACUGAAGUGCUCCAUGGCUGUAAACCCUGAACUCAGCACCUCACUUGCACUCAUUGUCCAGGGACACCAUGUCCCUCAUAGCAAGGACCUGAUGGUGAAGGUGGUCCAGAAUGUCCCCACAAUGCUGGUCUACCUGCCUUCUCAACUCAAUGUCCGAACUCAGUUGAACCACUCUCAGUCCACUUUGGUGGGUUUGGUGGAGGUGAUGUCAGGCAGGAGGAAGCUGUGGGCUGUUGGAGAGCUGGCAGCGAUAGAGAGCGGAUACAGGCAACUUCUAGAGGUCAAAAACUCGUACCCACAGUUGAAGCCACUCCCCAGGACUGCUGCAGUGAGGACAGUGUAUGAGACUCAGAAAUGGAGCUACCAAGUUCAGCAAGCUGCUGUGUGGGGCAGCCAGGAGUUCAGCUUGUCUGGCCUGUACUCUGCUCCACCAGCACUGGAGAUGGGAAACCAGACAAUCAAGGUUCAGAUCACCUGCAUCCCCCGUUUGACUAGUUUGGAUGUGACGCUGGAGCGUUCGCUACAUGCAGGACUGGAUAGUGUUUUGCUGGACUGGAUGAGGCAUGGACAACUGGAGCAGGUCAGAGUUCUUAGCUCGUGGAGUCGCUCGGAGGACAUAAAUACAACCAAACUGGAGCUGAAACAACCAUUCACCUCUGCGCUCAGACACCUGUCGCUGCACACACUGACGCAAAGCUCGCAUAGAGACCGACGCAGCAGCCGCCAGGCCCAUUUGUCAUGGGAUGGUGCGGUCCCUGUCAACGUUUCUCUCAGCCUGAACAAACAGUGGCAGACCAAUUCCAGCAGGGGGCAGGCGUGCGCUCUGUUUACAGCCCAACAGAUGGCUGUGUCUUCUGUUAAAGGAUGUGUCUCAAUGGCACACGAGGGGAACUCAUUUUUCCAAAAUGUAGAAUUAAGAUGGGACAACAGGAGCCUGAAGCAAGGCAUAAAGUACCAGAAAGCUCACCGGGGAAUGCACAGCCUUCAGGUUAAUGUUGGCCUGGACAGAGUCUCUCCAGCUCCCUGUCCCUCACACACACUACUGGCCAAAGUUCAAACCAACCUCAGGGACCGCUUAGAGCACACUGUGCUGCUGGGCCUCUGUCCUCUACAGCCUACUCUGUCGUGGUCAGGAUCCCACAGAGUGAACUCAGGCGAGGAGCUGUUUUACACCCAGUCCCAGCUGGCUGUGACAGGGCGACCGUACCACUGCAGCUUCACCCUCGCCCUUACCAACUCCUCCACUCUUCACGGGACCAACAUGUCUCUGUUCUCUGAGUCUAGGAUGGGUAAUUGUAGUGUGGAAGUGAGGGGCAGUGCCCUGUCUCAAGUCAAAGGGUCAGGUCUCCAGGUACAGGCCACACUGGACGGCAGAGAGAAGAUCUGGCUGAACGGUACAGUCGAGGGACGAUGCCUGCAGACUACAGCGGGUCAUAUGAAUGGUCUAGGCCUCAGUGAGGAUCUCACCGUAGCAGGAUGUGUGGGUGUAAACCACAGCUUGACGCUGGAUGUGCAGAAAAGAAGCGGCAGCGGCACAUCUGAAACUCUGGGCAGAGUGUUUCUGGGAACAGCCAAUCAGACACUAAUGCUGAGAGCAAGUGGCUGUUUGGAGAGUCUGACUGCAGCAGAGCAACGGGCGGAGUAUUUGAGCUCUCAGAUACAGAUUAAACUUACGGAGAGAAUCAAGGCAUUGCAGCGUCUCCUCAUAGACUUUAGAAGACAGUCCAGAGACAGUCAGCUGCUGCAGGAGCUGAGCGCUCUGCCUCUCCAUGUUUCACAGCAAGCAGAGGCUCUGCUGGGGAAGAAAGAAAGAGGCGUGCUGGCUCUGUGGCAGAGGAGCCCGCUGCGUCACUUCUUGACCGAUAGCCUGCCACGCUUUCUGAAUCUGCUGCAGCACGCCUCGCUGCUGGGACAGCAGGAACUUAGGAGGCCGCUUGCCACUCUGGCGGGUGUGUACCAGGAUGUGAAGGGCCAGAGGCUGGAGGCGAUGUGGAGGGAGGCUGUUCUGCAGUGGAAUGACAAGCUGGUGGAGGUCCUUCCUGCUCUGCUGGAGAACCCUCAGCUCAGACUGCUGUCAGAGGCCGGUGUCACCGCGCUCAGCAUCGCCCUGGAUGUGAAACUUGGACCUAAUGUCACAUGGUCAAGCAAAAAUAUGGCAGGCCAGCAUACCUACCACUGGAUUGAGACCAGGCUGGCGAUGGCUCUGUCUGGAGUCAGAAAACGGCUUGCGUCAGUCUACAAAUUCUUCCCCAGCGAAUGUUCAGUGAUUGUGUCGGUGCCGCUGCCACAGCUGCCCCGGUCAAGGACGGCCAAAGCCGGGCUGAUGGAGAUCCUCCUCGAGGAGUGGAUCCUGAGACCUCUGCUGACCCUCGCCUCUGUCAGACCCACUGCCGAACUCUACCGCCUCAAGAGGAAGAUCAUGGACAGCCCCUUCACACACCAAGCUCUGUUGGUGGCAGAUCAGUUCGUAGUGACAUUUGACGGUCACUUGUAUGAGCUGCCAGGUUCGUGUCCACUACUCCUGGCCCGAGACGUCGGCCGCGACCCGUCGUUCACGCUGCUGCUCGGCACAGACACGCAGAACCUCCUCCUGAUACAAAUGACUAACCACACCGUCAACGUUCAGCGCAACGGGCAGGUGAGGACCGACUGCAGCGGCGCCGUCAGCCACACGUUUCUCACUGAUGAUGGAGUGACAGUCAGGAAAGCAUCAAACGCGGUGCAAGUGUCCAGUCAGAGCGGGAUGUUUGUGUCAUGUGACCUGUCGCUCGAACUGUGCAGCUUCACUCUGGAUGGAUGGUUACAUGGUGUGUCCACCGGUCUGUUUGGGACCAACGAUAACGACGCAGGAAAUGAUUUUCCUAUGUUUGACGGAUCUCAGGCUAAAAACUUGGAGGAUUUUCUCUACACCUGGCAGAUGAAACCUACAUGCAUCAAACCUUCUGCGACAGCAGCCGUCAGUCCAGCGAGCUGUGACUCUUUGUUCUCUUCUCCCGAUUCUCCCCUCAGCUCUUGUUUCAGAGUGGUGGAUCCCAGUCAGUUCCUGUCUGUGUGUAAACUCAGCUCAUCGAGAGCACCCUGCAGAUUAGCAUUUGCUUUCGUUCACCUCUGCCAGCAGAACUACAUACCCAUGGAGGUCCCCGUUCAAUGCAUGAAAGUGUAAAGAAAGGACAAGCUAAUGAAGAGCAAAAAUGGCCAGUUUCUGACCUCUGUGAGCUGCUAUAAUGGACAAAUUUAGUCUUUAUACCACUGUUUGUGCCCCAUUGCCUUCAUACUU